CCAAUCAUAGAUUUAAUGUAGCACGUGUGACCCCGCCUACCGGGACUAACCCCGCCCCCGCGGUUUCAGCAUGUGGACUCGACGUUAGCGAGAUGUUUUAGCUGAAAGUUAACGGGUUUGGACCGGUUCGGAGGGGAGAUGACCUCUAAAGACCCGAGCUGGUCGGUGGCGGUCGCGGCGGGUCGGCUCCUGAUAGACCUGAUGCAGUCGGACUGGGAGCCUCUGUCUCACUGCGAGCUGGAGCAGCGUCUGGACCGGGCCGUGGAGGAAAUCCUGGAGGCGGAGCUGAUGUCCGGCGGGCAGGCACCGGCACCGGGACCGGGUGGGUGUGUGUUCACGCAGUUCUCUCGGCAGGAGGAGACGAUCCCACACCCGGCAGCACACACUGUGACCUCUCACCCGGCCGCUGAGAUAGAGGAGAACCCCACAGUGCAGUACAUCACGUCUCUUCUACAGAAGCUGAAGUGGGGUCACAGUCAGAGGCGUUUGACGGGGAGAGCUCGCUUGUCCUUGUCCCAGACGGUGUGCCUGUCUCUCACGCUGCUCUCCACUCGUCUCAGCUAUCGCUCCGUGUCCUCCACCUUCCGCCUGGAGAAAGGGAACAUCCACCGCAUCUUCUUUUCCUUCUGCCACAGAGUCAACACACUGCAGGCUCACAUCAUCCGCUGGCCCACCGGUCAGGAGGCGUCGGACCUCCUGCUCACCUUCUCCAGCUGGCCGGGUUGGGAUGAGAAGCUCGAGCAGAAGGGUCUCCCUAAAGUGUUGGGCGUGUUGGGCCACACCCGCAUCCCGAUCCGCCUUCCCGCCAGCAAGCAGGACUCGGAGCGCGGUGCUCCGCACGCCAAGCGGCUCAGGAAGCAGCCUCACCCGGACUCGUGGUUAAACCUGGAGCUGGCGUGCGACGCAGAAGGUCGCUUCAUCCACUGCAGCGUCAGCCGAGGUUCUCAGAGGAACCGAGGCGGCGCUCUGAGUCAGAGACUAGCGCAGCACCCGGAGCUCCUCCCUCCCGGAACCUGCCUGCUAGCCGGAGCGGGAUACCCCCUCACGCAGCACAUCCUCACCCCGUUCCGUCCCGCACAGAACCCGCAGGAGAACCUCUACAACACAGCGGUGGAGACGCACCUGAGGAGGCUGGAGCAGGCCGUGGCCGACCUGAAGGAGCGCUUCGGAAGACUCCUCUAUCUGGACAUGGGGAAGAGCGAGCGGGCCGGAGCCGUGGUGCUGACCUGCUGCAUACUUCAUAACGCACUGCUCCAUGCCGGCUACGUCAUCAAGGGGCAGGUGGGGAACCACACCGGGGCUGACGUGGUGGAGGAGGAGGAGGAGGAGGAGGAGGGAACGAAAGAUGAAGCUGGAGUCAGACUGAGAGAAACGGUCGCUAAUCUGCUGUACGGUGCUGUGGAGUCGGAGUAACGUGAGGGGAAAAACCUGAGUUGUUGAUAUUUAUUUAACGUCUACAAAAAUAAACAACAGAAAACCGCAAUAAAUUUAAAAACACACAAUAAUUCUAUCUAUUUCUAAUAAAAAAUAAACAACUUUUUUUUUUUUUUUUUUUAAAACAUUUUGUAACAAAAAAAAAAUCCUUAAAAAUAUCUCACGAUAUCUCAGAAAAUCUGCACUUUGAAACGUACGACCGAAAAUGGAUCGAGUUUAACUUUAACACGAAUGCAGACGGAAAUGUGGAAAAUGUUUGAAACAAUUUAAAAAAUAUGUAGAAUUAAAUAAACGUCUUUGAAUGAAGACUCGUAGAUGUGAACAGCUAAAUUAUUGCCACAGUGUGGGGAUGAACUUUCAGAGGGGUCACGUCCUCGGGUCACGUCCUCGGGUCACGUCCUCGGGUCACGUCCUCGGGUCACGUCCUCGGGUCACGUCCUCGGGUCACGUCCUCCGCUCUUCACCUGCUGGUUUCCCGCAGUCCGACUCGGGUUCGCUCCGCGUCGCCGCACAUGAAAGUGGAACUUGAUAUCGUUUUAAAUGCAUUUCCCCUACACAACGAACACGCUUACACGAGGAGACACUCGCUGUUCAGGUGCACUGAGGGGCUGACCUCUGACCUUUUACCCUUAAAAAAAAUUAUCUCCAUGAUUCUCAAAAAAAACCAAAAAAAGCACCAGUUCCUCACACGCCGCAGGAUCACGUGUGCACGUGUAAAAUCACUCCGCCUCAGAUUCGACCCGUCACCAUUACAUGGUGGUGUUUUCCCUUUUUUUUUUUCUUCCUUGGCAUCAUAAAUUUGCCGUAGUGGAGAAGAAAGCAGCAGAAAAGGCCUCUUCAGGCGGGGUUAGUUUUACACGGGGAGGAGGGGCACGUUCCUGUGUGAACCGACGAUCGUCAUCACAGACGUCCGCAGCGACAGUUACUACACAGACGAGAGAACGUUCCUCCUGACGUUCUGCUCAUCGACGCCGUUCCAGAACAAUCUGUUCGCUCCGAACUUCUGGAUGAGCGCGUCAUGUGACGGAUCCCCUCUUUUAAAAUUGUGUUUUAUAUCCUACUACUCGCCUGGUCUGUUCAGAGGAAACGUAUUUCUGUAUUAUUGUGUGUAGCAGAUGCGAGUGUUCAGUGGAAAAACUUUCCUUUCUGUAACAGAAUAAAAACCAUGUCGAAUUUUCUAAAGAAUGUUUUUAAAAAUAAUAAAAGCUCGUCAUUUACAAACGACGUCACGGCUUGAUAACA